AUGCCAGCCACCUCGCUGAUAAGUCAACAAUGGCGGCGGGCCUUUGCGACUAAGAGGAGCUCAAAAGCUCGGCAAAGGGUCUUCGAUAUGAAGGUUAGUAAAAAUGCCCCAACUAAGGCGCGGUGUGCUUAUCGAGCAAUUGAGGAGGAGUUCCGAGCGCUCAGGCGCGACCGCAAGUUGAAAAACGAGACCCGACCGUUUGGGAGGGGUCUGCUCAGUG